AUGACAGUGCAGCAAAAUGGCUCACGGCCAGCUGGGCCACUGCGCAUCCUCGUUGCGAACCGCAACGAGAUUGCCGUCCGCAUCCAGUCGUCGAUCCAGCACCUUGGCCACAUCCCGCUCGGCAUUUACACUGCAUCGGAGGGUGUGUACGCGCCGCACCUGCUGCAUCUGCCACUCGAGUCACGCGUGCAGAUCCCCGGCGAUGGAGCGGCGGCGUACCUCGACAUCGCCGGGGUCAUCGGCGCUGCCAAGGAAGGAGGCGCCGACGCGGUUAUUCCCGGCUACGGCUUCCUGUCUGAGUCGCCAGCGUUCGCGGCUGCUGUCCAACAAGCCGGGCUACUCUGGAUCGGACCGAGGCCUGAGACACUAGCCCUCUUCGGAGACAAGUACGCGUCAAAGCAGUUUGCGCAGCAAUGCAGCGUUCCCGUGCUGUCGAGUACGUCGAGCAACGCGUCUCUAGACGAGAUUCGCGAGUUUGCAAAGAAACUCCCUCCCGGAACAAAGGCGAUCCUCAAGGCACUUGAAGGUGGGGGUGGGCGUGGCAUCCGCAUUGUGCACGACAUGGCGGACAUCCAGGAGGCGUAUGAGGGAUGCAAGCGCGAGGCGAUGAGCUCGUUCGGGAGCGACAAGGUGUUUGCUGAACCGUUCCUCCACGGCGCACGCCAUAUCGAGGUACAGGUCGUCGGCGAUGGGCAGGGCAACGCUGUCGACGUCGGCGAGCGUGAGUGCACUCUUCAGCGGAGGCACCAGAAGCUCAUCGAGCUCUGUCCCUCGCCUACACUCGCGCGGCUUCCCAAACUACGGGCCGCCAUCAUCAAGUCGGCCCUCGACAUCGCCAAGGCUGGCAAGCUCCUGUCUCUCUCGACAAUCGAGUUCCUCUUUGUGGCCCCGGCCAACGGGCAUGAAGGCCACUACUACUUCCUCGAGUGCAACCCCCGCUUGCAGGUUGAGCACACCGUCACAGAGGAGGCGUAUGGCGUCGAUCUUGUGGCGACGCAGAUCCGCCUCGCUCUCGGCGAGCCUCUCAAGGACGUGCUUCCUCCCACGCCGGCUGUUGCGCCUCGCGCCGCACUUCAGUUGCGCAUCAAUGCCGAGAAGCUGCAGCCCGACGGCACAGCCGUGGGCACGACUGGUGCACUGACGGCAUUCCUGACACCGAGCGGCAAGGGCAUCCGUGUCGACACGGCCGCGCACCCUCCCCUCGGCGGUGCGGUAGGAACCUAUCGGCAGGGCUUGGCGUUCGACUCUCUGCUGGCCAAAAUCAUCAUCGUUGGCCCCGACUACACAAGUAACAUUGCACGCGCCAGACGCGCGCUCGAGCAGCUCCGCGUCGCUGGCGUACAGACCAACCGCGCUCUGCUCCUCGCUCUUACAGAGGACGAGCGCGUUGUAACGAACCGCGACAUCAGCACGCGCUUCGUGGAGCAGAACUCGGAAGCGCUCUACACGCGCGUCCAGGCGCUCGAGAAGCAAUGGGCGGAGGAGGCAGCGGCUGCCCCGGGCGGAGCAGUGGAGGUCGAGAUGAAGAGCUCCCUGCCUCCGGCGGGCCCGGGUGAGACGUAUGUCAAGGUUCAUCUCCCUGGCCGGCUUGUCAACUUGGCACUCAAGGACGGCGCGACUAUCCGCAAGGGCGACACGGUCGCAAUUCUCGAGAGCAUGAAAAUGGAGCACACGGUGCGCUCCGAGGUGUCGGGAAUAGUGGUCAAGACGCUCGCCAAGGAGGGCGACAACCUGGAUGAUGGGGCGGCUGUCGCACUCCUUGCGGUCAGUGAGGGAGUUGAUGACGGGGCUGGCUCGAAUGAUACCGCGUCUAAGAUCGACCUCGACUCAAAGACCGACUCACUCCUCGAGCUCGAGAGCAUCCGAGCCGAUAUGCAGGACGACAGCAAGGUUCGCGCCAAGGCAACGCAGCGCCGUCGAGACCGCGGGUACCGCACGGCACGCGAGAAUAUGACCCACCUCGUCGACUACGGCACGUUCCUCGAAUAUGGCGACUUUGCGCUUGCCGCUCAGCGCACGCGUCUCUCGCCUGAAGCAUUGGUGGCGACGCGCAACGACGGUGUCAUCGUCGGCUGGGGCAAGGUCAACGGCCGCCGCACCGCCAUCUGCAUGUACGACUAUGGUGUAUUGGCGGGGACGCAGGGCUACUUCCACCACCAGAAGCUCGACCGUCUGUUUAGCUCCGUGCUGGCCAGCCCUGCGCCGCUGGUGCUCUACGCCGAGGGUGGCGGGGGUCGGCCUGGUGAUGUUGACCUCAUCCACCAGAAGGUUGCCGGGCUACACGGGCCGUCAUUCACGCUCCUCGCACACAUCAACGCGCGCGGUAUUCCCAUCAUCGGCGUUGGUAAUGGCUACCUGUUCGCAGGCAACGCUGCGCUCCUCGGCACCUCGGACUUUAUCAUCGCGACGAGCAAUAAGGGCACUAGUAUUGGCAUGGGCGGGCCGGCGAUGAUCGAAGGCGGAGGUCUAGGUGUAUUCGCGCCUGAAGACGUCGGGCCCAUAAGCUCGCACCUAGAGAACGGCAACGUCGACAUUGUUGCCAAGGAUGAAGAGGAGGCCACGAAUGUCGCCAAGGCGCUGCUCGGCUUCUUCCAGGCUCGCCCGCCCGCACCGCCCCGCUCGGACGACUUUUACUGGACACGCGACCCGCGUCUUUUCCGGCACGCCAUCCCCACGGACCGUAAGAGGGCGUACGAUAUGCACGGCAUCCUGGACUUGCUGAGCGACGACGACACACCGUUCCUUGAGAUUGGGCCCCACUGGGGCCAAUCGCUGAUCACGGGCUUCAUUCGUGUGCAAGGCCAGACGGUCGGCGUGGUUGCGAGCAACGUCCUCUCGCCUCUCGGCGGCGCGAUCGACGCCCCAAGUGCCCGCAAAGCGACGCGCUUCAUGAACAUCCUCUCCAAGACGCGUGCCGGCCACCUCCUCGCGCUCUGUGACACGCCCGGCUUCAUGGUUGGCCCGCGCGCCGAACCGGAAGGGGGUCUGCGUGCGUUCGCAGACUACUUUGCAGCAGGCGCACGCUUCAUCGACGAGGGCGGCCAGAUCUUUGGUGUCACCAUUCGUAAGGCGUAUGGGCUCGGUGCGCAAGCGCUGCUCGGCGGCAGCACGCACGUGCCGUUCCACAGCGUGGCGUGGCCCAGCGGCGAGUUUGCCGGCAUGGGCAUCGAGGGCGCCGUGCGGCUUGGCAUGAAGAAGGAGCUCGAGGCUAUUGCCGACCUCGAGCAGCGCGCCAAGCAGGAGCAGGUGUUCAUCGACGAGAUGUACGCGCGCGGACGAGCUAUCAACAUGGCCCAGAGCACGGAGAUUGACAGCGUCAUCGACCCUGCCGAGACGCGCGACUGGGUCAUCCGCUGCCUGGAGGCGGUUGAGCGCCGGUCAGGCUUCGACCCCAACACGGGCAAGCGGUCCAAGUUGUAA